AUGGAUGAAAAUGAUUUUUUGAAUGAGCUCGAUGAAGAUUUUGCUAGUGGGGUUGAGAGCGAAGUAGAGGUUGAAGGCACCAGUGAUCCUUUAGUUGACUUAGAGCGUUUUUUGAGUGAUUAUAAGCCAUUUUUAUUGUCUCGGGGCAACCCGUCAAAUAUAUUCGACGUUUCUCAAGUACAUGCUAAGAAAACGUUGCUUGCAACUAUCAUGCAACGGAGGCAAGACGGCGCCUCAGCAUUAUUGUUAAGCAAGCUGCAACCUUUGAUACAACAAGAAGUAGGCAUUUUGCACACGCUGCUGCAGCAACUGUACGAGCAAAAGUUUCCCGAAAUGCAGUCCAUCGUUACUUCGGGAGAGAGUUAUGCCAAACUGAUCAGACUCUUAGAGCAAGGUGACGACGGCCCUUUGGAUACAGAUAAACUUCAGGGUGCUGUGAGUCGCGAGCAGGUUUUGGUUUUGUCGAUGGCAAUGCAAACCGGGUUCAAAAAAGACGUGUCACUAUCGUUUGAGGACUCACAGUUGCUCAAUCAGUGCGUUGACGUGCUUCUAGAGCUGUCUGAACUACAGCAAGAAAUAAAAUCGUUUGUGACAUCUCUCGUAUCACAAAUAGCACCCAAUAUGUGCGCGCUUGUUGGGUCUGAUACCAGUGCGGCGCUUAUUGCAGCUGCUGGGGGAAUUCAAGAACUAAGUGAAAUUCCGAGUUGUAAUUUGGCAUCUAUGGGUAUGUCUAAAGUUCUAAGUCAUGGAUCUAAUACUGAUCAGAGUGGCGUACGACAGCAAGGCUUUGUAUACUAUUGUGCUUUCAUUCAGGAGCAGCCUAUUUCUGUGCGAAAACAGGCCCUCAAAAUGACAUGUGCCAAAGUAUCGCUGUGUGCUCGUGUUGACUUUUCUAAAUCCAGUCUCGACGGCCUUCUUGGAAAUAAAUGGCGGCAAGAAGUCAUUAGCAAACUACAAAGCAUACAAGAACCUCCUAAUAUUUCUAACACGAAAGCUCUCCCGAUACCUGAGGACAAGCCCAAGAAAAAACGUGCCGGCCGCAGAUUUCGAAAGUAUAAGCAGCAAUUCCAAUUAUCCCACGCACGACAACUACAAAACCGGAUGGAAUUUGGCAGAGAGGAAUCUUCUGUCACUGACGCCUUUGGCGAAGAGAUUGGCAUGGGUAUGGCACAUGCGUUGCGUACGCCAACGUCAACUUCGGGCCAAAAUCUAGGCACUGCUAAGCUCAGAGCGCCAAUGCAACAGAGACUGGCCACAGCUACCGAAGACACUCAUGAAUUUUUCUCUGCGAAUAACGACAGAUCGAGUUUAUUAAAGCGGCCUAUUGAGGAGCCCACUGGCGAAUCAGGUAAGAAAAUCCGCAAAACAAACGCAAGCGAGUGGUACAUGAAUCUUAUGCAAGAAUCCAAACACAGUAGUGGUCAACAACCGCAGAAAAAGACUUAA